AUGAGAGAUGAGCAAGCCGGUUUACUAGCUGCCUUAGCUCUCCCCAAUUUUGUUCAUGAAGUGGGAAAGACUGAGAAGCAGAUGCUGAAGAAGUCGAAUCAUCAACAAUACCUCACUCAAAAAGGUCAUAUGCGUGUUGAUAACGAAGUUGGUGUUGUUCAUCUUGAAGGCUACCCUGUACUGCUGCAAAAUAAUUUGAAAACGCAGUUUCUUGAUAUGUUUUCUCACGCAAUCUUGGUUUCGCCAUCAUGUUUCGCUCGAGCCGCUAUUCUGGAGGGUGUUAACGUUCCACUGCAAGACUUUCUAAGUUUCACAGAUGGCUCAGAAAAUUUUCCUCCCACGUAUUUAGUUGGACAUUCGCUCUUCUCACUUGUUUCAUUAUUUUUACGGGCACAGUUCUUAGAAGCUAAAAAUGAGUGGCCGGUCACUAUUCAGAGCGCCGGUGCUUCCUAUCAUGCCAAGAGGAAGGUCGUAGACUUGGCUCACGCUCGCCAACGCCUGAAACAUUGCGUUCUGUCACUAGCCUUGACUGAUGUGCAAAUGGGCGAAUUAAUGAGUGAUAGUGCUAGCAAAAUUGGAGCACUGCUGGACGAAGGCUUAUUCCUGGACGUGAAAGCUCGUGUUGUUUUGGGAAAGGAGCUGAGGAACUACGAAUCUCAAGCAAUUGUUAUUGAGGAUAAUGGACUAGAACUGGCCAGAGUAUGUCUUUAUUUCAGAACUUGA